AUGAUUGAAAUGAUGAAUUUCGAUAAUCUCUUUCGAUGUUUUAUAUUCAUUCAAUCAUCUGUACGUGGUUGGGGAAAUCCAUUUCAUUUACAAGAAAUUUUUACCUAUCGACGUGAAAAAAUUGGUAAACAAAAAGGUAAUCAAAAUUAUAUAAAUGCUCGAUUUCGUUCACCACUUGCCAAUUAUUUACCACAUUUGGUUCCAUCUCAAGUAGCUAUAGCUCAUUUUCAACUUGUUCUAUGA